UAGUGUUGCCGUAACUCCUAUAAAUUUGAUUAUUAUUAGGAAUAACAUUUCAAAAAUUUAUUAAUAUUAUUGUUGGAAGUUAGAAGUUAUGUUACAUUUAAAACGACUACUCCAUUUUUAAUUUUUUUUUUUAAUGAAUGCAUAAUAUCUCAUAAAAAAAACCAAACUUGGAAUAAAACGUUUUCCCUCAAAGUCGGUACCCCACAUAACGUCAAAACUACUGCACCGAUCGCUUUGAAAUUUUGAACCCUAUUUAUGUACGAAAUAUAUAAGGUGUUGCUGACGAGCCAAAAUGUUCAAAAUUGUUAAUAUUUCCUAUUUUACAAUAACAAAUUAUUGGCAUAUUUUGUUUAAAGGUGUUCCGAAAAAGUGAGAAAUUGAAAUUUCGAAAACCCCCUUCAGCUUUACGAGUUUACUUUUUGAGAGUUUUAUAUAAUUGAUCAUAUCAUAAAAUUACUAUUACUUAACUUUUUGAGUUCCAUUAGUUCUUAUUGAAUUUCAAACAUAGCUAACUUAAUAGUACUAAAAGUUUGAAAAACUCUACCUGAAAUCAAAUUCCUGCACAGCAUGACAGUGUUCCUCCCCAGGUGCGCAGGUAAGCCAUAUGAGUUUGCUCUCGGGCUCAUACAAAACCAGAACGAGGGCCUAAGCAUAUCGGCCUGGAGAGUAGUCACCAGCACGGUCGAGGAUUCAGGGUGGAAGCUCAAUCUCUGUAUCGACGACGAGUCGUAUAAAUUCGUCAGGAGAGCGAGCUUCCGACUGUAUUAUACAUUCAGUUCGGUGGUCCUAAGGCCAUUUAAGCCUAAGACGGCCCCCAAAAAUGAAGCGGCUGAGAAAAUGCUGGUAGAUGAGGUUGCGACUCAUCCCGGCAUCAGCACGGCGGAGCAGGCGGCAACUGCCGAAACCAUGGUGAAGGUCCCUACGGAGAAGGCUGGCGAACAAGGGGAGGCGCUACCCUCCACGCAAGAGCUUCUCGAAGGACUCAGGGACCUAGCGGGUGGUAACGCGGAGGACGGUGAAGAUGAGGAGCUCCUCAUGGAACCGAUCCUCUAGUGGGUCUACAAAUUGAAAUUGCCCAGGUGAACCUGCAUCACGCGGCGUCGGCCUCGGCCGUCAUCGCGAGCAGGUUCACAGCGGAUGGUCUGGGCAUUCUGCUGAUCCAGGAGCCAUGGAUCUACAAAGGAGAGGUCAGGGGCCUCAAAAUGGUGAAUAGCAAGGUAAUCUGGGAUCUCUCAAGUGAGAGACUCAGAUCCUGUAUAGUAAUUAGGAACGAUAUUGAUUACUUUUGUAUUUCAGAAUUCCUAACACAAGACCUGGUCGCUGUGCAGGCAAAAGGUAACGAAGGAGCGGACGUCGUCCUGGCAGCGGCCUACUUUCCGGGAGACACGAUGACAGCACCCCCAGAGGCCGUCGGGAGCCUCGUGGAUUACUGCAGGAGGAACAACCUGCCCCUUGUCAUGGGAUGUGAUGCCAACGCCCAUCACACCGAAUGGGGCAGCACGGACUGCAAUACACGGGAUUAUCGAUUUUUAUACACUGAACAGGGUAUAUCAAGUUUGCCACGAAGUUCGUAAUACCUAGAAGCAAACGCCUGAUAACAAAUAGCUGCCAUACAUACUAACCGAUCAAAAAAACAUAAUUUUAUUUGUAAAGGGUAUUCUAGCUUCAGUUCUACCGAAGUUAAUGUUUUUUCAUGUUUUGGAUCAAUUUCCGUAAAUUAUUCAACUGAAAGCGUUUGUAAAUUAUUUAGAAAUAAAAUAGUAUAGAUAUUUUCUUUAAAUAUAUUUAUACUCCAAUGAUUCAUGCUUCAAAUAGUCACCGACGCAAAACCGUGGACCGAAUCAGCUGAUACGACCUAUCUUAAGAGAGCGCAAUGUAAAUGAACACUCACCACAGCUUCAACCGUUCGCUUUUUCAGACCGUACGGUAGGAUAUCCGCGAAAAUUGGAAUUUUUUCCGCAGAAACGAGUGAGCUUAGAGUGAGAAAGCAAUCUCUUUCAACUUAAUAUUUCGUAGUAAUUAAAAAAUAAACUUAAAUAUAUUGGAAAUAUUCUUUAACUAACUGAAAAUUACAGUGGAAUACAAUUAUUUAUAAAUUACUACAGUAUCUUUAAUAAUUGGAUUUUAGUUUUGAUGUUUUACAGUAUGAAAAUUAUAACUAAGAAGGUAGAUGUGUGCAAAAGCACUGGCAAAGCAGUGCUCAAUGUGAUCAAAAGAGAACAACUGAUUUCUACGGAAGGGCGGCACGUCGGUUACUAACUGAAGCGUAAAACUCACAAAAUACAGUUGGUGUUAAUAAAUAAUCAUGUAAGCUCUUGAACUGUAAGGUUUAUUUGUACAUAUAUAUUGUACAUAUUAGUCCAAGAGUGAAUUGAAAUAAAGUAAAAUGGUGUGAUGAUAAAAAAUUUGGUAGUUUUGCAAUUUGGUAGACAUUUUGGUACCCAAAGACUUUCUCAAGUGGCAACACUAUACGUGAUGCAACCAGUUCGAAUAGGCAAACUUGACAUCUUUGCCUAAAUUGAAAGUUCGAAAAAAGCAUCACUGUUGGAGCUGUUUGGCUUAUACAAUGGUUCAGCGAAAACGCGGCAACUUUGCAACAUUUGAAAAGUACUUGCAAAAAAAAUUUCGUUAUUUUUUACACGAUUCCUUCUCUGUUUGUACCUUGCUAAUAGAAAUAGAUAAUUUUGAUAAUUUUAUCUCGUCAGUGAGAGUAUUAAUAAGAAAUAUUUCGCACAUUUUAAGUUUUGAAAAUUAAGAUACUAAAUAGCGCAGUUUUUAGCAGUUUCAGGCAAGGGCAUCAGCCAGCCUAAAAUCAGCUAAGCAAUUUGCGCAGUGUUGCCAGUAUUUACUGCAUUACCGUAAAAGCCCUAUCUUAGAAAUUUUGCCAUAUUUUAACAAGGGGUGGUAGAAAUACACAAUAUGCCAAAAUUGGUGACUAGCUACUCAAUUGCCUAAGCUCAGUAUCCUGUUGCCAUUCAUAAUGACAAAUUUGGUACACGGUUACUUAAUAGUAAGAGUAAGCUGUUCCCACGUCGGUCGCGUCUACGUAACCAGAAAAGACUCGGAUUUUUAUCCGGCCAAUGACUGUUAACUCAGCAGCAUUUCUCCAAAUUACUUUAAAAAUCUUCAAAAUUCUGAUACUACAACAACAACAACAACAGAAAACCGGAGCCCGGGGAGGAUAUAUGCAGGAUGUGGCCCCGUGAUAACUUACAUCAAUUGUUGAAGGAAAAAAAUCUAAAACAAAUUGUUGCGGAUCCCCUUCUCUCUUCUCUUCUCUCGUUCACUGAUUAUGUGUAUUGUGAAUAAAAGUGUAUAUAGUUGAAAAAAAACUUUGGUAUAAUUUGCUUUAACCUCUCACCCCCCUACUCUUAAAUAUAUAGUGAAUAAAUUCUCAAUAAUUUUUAUUCAAA